CACAGUAUGGUGCGGUCAAGCCUUUUUUGGCUCAAUCCUCAAAAAUCUUUCUUGCGCCAUUUCCCAAAUCCUAAGAAGUAGUAAAAUUUCUCAACUUUUCACCUUCUUCUUCUCUGUAUAUAAAAGUCUGUCUCUAGAUCUCUCUCCCUGGACCAGAGAAUGUGAAGAAGAAGAAGAUGGGAAAAAGCAGCAGAAGAUCAAAGAUUGAUGAGAGAUCAUCAAGAACAUUACCAUCAUCACCAACACAUUCAUCAUCAUCAUCAGAUUUCGAGUUCUUGAUUUCAUUACCAUCACCGCACAAGUUAUCAUAUUCAUCAUGUCCGGCAGCAGCUGAUGAGCUUUUCUUUAAAGGUCAGAUACUUCCAUUACAUAUCUCACCUCGUUUGUCUAUGCUUCAAUCUCUUGGUUCAUCUUCUUCUUCAUCAGCAUCGUCGACUACGAAUUCUCGUGAUUCGACUAGUAGUUCUAAUGAUUUUUUUUUGUUGAGUAGUAGUAGUAGUCAUGAAUCUUCUUGUAAUUCAUCUUGUAGACCUAGUUCUGUGACUGAGGAAUUAGAAUUACUUCCUCAAUUUCAUCAUCCUCGUAGUGAUUUGAAUCAGAAGAAGAAUUAUCAACAGGUUUUGAGUUUUCAGAAUCUUCAUAAGGAACAAAUCAAGAAACCCGUUAAGUAUUUCUCUUUAUCAAGGUUUUCAAAUGUGUUCAGAAAAGAUCAGAAUAAAAUCAGAGGAGAUACUGUUAAUGCUACUCCCGUUAUUCAAGAACAGGGAGGGAGUAAUUCAAAUUCAGUGAAGAAGAUGAAAGAAAUGGUGAGCAAGUACAUGAAGAAAGUGAAACCAUUCUAUGAGAAACUAUCAUCAAAACAACAAUCUUUAUCAUCGAUUAAGGAUCGUGGGUUAUCUCAAUCUCAAUCAUUUUCAGAGAACAUUUUAUAUCCAAGAAAGAACAACAAUAAUAAGCAGAAUUGUAUCGUUUCAAGCUGCCCAUCAUCAAUGAGAUCUUCACCUAGUCGUUGUAGUCUAGUUAAAUCAUCAUCAUCAUCCAUUGAAGAACUUCAGAAUGCAAUCCAAGGUGCUAUCACUCAUUGUAAGAAUUCUUAUUCAAAAUCUGAUAAUCAGUUUUAGUUUCUGUAAUCAAUCAAAAUUUCCAAAGUUCUAGAUCAAUACUUUUUGCUUUGGAGAUUCAGAUUAGAAAUUGUAUUAUUUUAAUUCCCAGAUUAAAAUACUCUCUCUGUUUUUGUCAUUAAUUGAAAAUGGCUUAAUUAAUUAAAAUCUUGGUUUACUGAA